AUGCGCUUCCAGGCAGGGUUUCCCUUGGCAUGCCAGCAGGACCGUUCGGACGUCGCCGUGGAGCUAGGAAGCCAGGCAGGAGGCUCGUCAUAUUUCGGGCAGCUCUUGGACGACGUGCGUCCCGACUGCGGCGGCGUGCCGCUCGGGGGCGGCUCGCAGCGCGCGAGGGGCUCGCAGUGCUCGCUGCCUGCCAUCCCGAGCGCGCCCGCACGAUUCUCAGAGGAGCCAGAGGGCACGAUAAUGAUGCGUUCCAGGAUGUCACGGAUUCUCCCCAACUCCCCAAUGUUCCAUACGGGCUGCAGGAACGAGGGCCGCUAG